GCUCCGGGGCUGCUCUGCCUGGAGAGCUCUCCGGGAGACAAACUCCAAACUCCAAACUUUCAGCCCGAAGCAGAGAGAGGAAGGCCCUGGGCUGGAAGAGGGAGAAUUCACCUCGGUGGAAAAGUAAACAAGAGAGAUUCCAGCCUGGCAGGGGAAAGGCAUCUGCAGCUACGGGAGAGGGGAGACUGAACUUUGCGCUACAAGAAGGAAGGGCUCCGUGCUCAGGGAAAAAGGAAAUUUAACCGAAGGAGAUCGUUCAUUCAGUCGAAGCCCGGUGGAGAAAAACUCCCCGCCCUCGCCCUCCCUGCCUGCAGAAAGAUUCCCACUCCCUUCACCCCAGAGGAAUCGCCCCGGCACCAUGAACAUCUUCCGCAUCCUGGGGGAUGUCUCCCACUUGCUGGCCAUCAUUAUUCUUCUGCUGAAGAUCGUGAAGUCCAAGUCCUGUGCUGGAAUCUCUGGGAAGAGUCAGAUACUUUUUGCCCUCGUCUUCACAACCCGCUACCUGGACCUGUUCACGAAUUUCAUCUCUGUCUAUAACACUGUGAUGAAGGUCAUUUUUUUGAUUUGUGCCUACGUCACCGUGUACAUGAUCUACGUGAAAUUCCGCAAAACGUUUGACAGUGAGAACGACUCCUUUCGCCUCGAGUUCCUGCUGGUCCCCGUCACCGGCCUGUCAUUUCUGGAGAACCACAGCUUCACCCCCUUAGAGAUACUCUGGACCUUCUCCAUCUACCUGGAGUCCGUGGCUAUCCUUCCUCAGCUCUUCAUGAUCAGCAAGACAGGGGAAGCAGAGACCAUCACAACACACUACCUUUUCUUCCUGGGCCUCUACCGUGCUCUCUACAUUGCCAACUGGGUCUGGCGCUACCACACCGAGAAUUUCUAUGACCAGAUCGCUGUAGUUUCCGGGGUGGUACAAACCAUCUUCUACUGUGACUUCUUCUACCUCUACGUCACCAAAGUCCUAAAAGGAAAGAAGCUAAGUCUUCCCAUGCCUGUUUGAAGACACCCCACAGGCAGCGCAAGAAAUACCAAAGAUGAAGUUGUUUAAGAACACAGCUUUCCUUCCCUGGCCCUUUUUGACUAACGGAUGGCUCAGCUGAGUUCCAACCCAGUGCCAGGAAGACAAGGCUUGGAAAACUGAAAUGCUUUCAAUCCAUCAAACUCUUCCCCUCCAUUUUUUAAAUUUCUUCUCACUUGAAUUUGGUGCUAGUGCUGGCCAAUACUGAAGUAGUGCAAUUUCUUCUCUCCCAGGUCUUCCCAGCAUCUACAUCCAAAACACACCUCCACCCUGACCCUGAGGCAGCACAAGGGAAAAUGUCACUCCCUUUAGUCCUUCAGCAAGUGCCCACGGUAAAGGGAACAUGUGCUAAUAAAGUCUGUUAACUUAACUGACCCAUUUCACAGGUGGCCACGUCUGACACAGCAGAUGCCACAAACUGUUACUUUAACUCUGUAUGAACUAACACCCUCUUGAAAAUUAAUUCUGCCCGACCCUUUCUCUAUUCGGACCCUGUAACAUCCAAGAAAAACACACUGCCCUUUAAAUAACAUCAAUCUUCUAAUUUUGCAAGUAUUCAAAUAUCCUCCCCGCUCACUUAUUUUCAGUUUCCUUGUGUUCUACAAACAGGGACGAUUUCAAUUAAAAUUCAGUGGAUUGCCAAGAAGUAUUUCCAUCUCCUUGAAUUUGACUUUUAAGAACUGGGAAGAACAGGGGCAAAGACAGCUUUAUAUUCCAAAAAUAAAGACAAAGUUCACAAUUUAUUGA